CGUGACCGGAUGUUACAACCAUGCGGACGCGGUGAAACGUUUCGAAUAUACACUUUGUUGGCUUUUGGCGUUUACUUAUAAAAACAAUAUAUUAUAGAAGAACUGUAAGCAUACAAAAUGGUUCGUCUAACAGCAGAACUAAUAGAGCAGUCUGCACAGUACACCAACCCGGUGAGAGAUCGUGAGUUGGACAUGAGAGGCUACAGAAUACCAGUCAUUGAAAAUCUUGGUGCAACACUGGACCAGUUUGACACAAUAGACUUUUCUGACAAUGACAUUAGAAAGCUGGAUGGGUUCCCGCUGCUUCGACGACUCAAGUCAUUACUCUUCAACAACAACAGAAUAGUUCGAAUUGGUGAGAGACUGGAGGAGAGCCUGCCCAACAUGGAGACACUGAUCCUCACAAACAAUGGUCUUCAAGAACUGGGGGAUCUGGAUAACCUGGGCUCUCUCAAGACUUUACUACAUCUGAGCUUGCUACGGAAUCCAGUGACAGCCAAGAAAUUGUACAGACUGUAUGUAAUACACAAAUGUCCCCAGCUUCGAGUUCUAGAUUUCCAAAGAAUCAAGUUGAAGGAGAGGGAACUGGCAGCCAAGACAUUCAAAGGCAAAAAGGGACAACAACUUGUGUCUGAUAUUGGUAAACGCAGCAAGACAUUCGUCCCUGGGGAGAAGUUGCCUGAGAAGAGAGCUGCAGCUGCCAGUUUGUCCACAGGCCCGUCCAGGGAGGAGAUUGAGUCUAUCAAGAGAGCAAUUGCUAGUGCAAAAACACUGGAGGAAGUGGAGAGGUUGAACCAGAUGCUGAAAACAGGUCAAGUUCCUGGGAAAGAGAAUGUCCCAGCAAAGAAGAGUAGAGGGGACGUAGAGGAGGAAGAAGAAAUGGAUACCUGACACUGAUGCUCACCAUCAUGUUGAACUCGCAUCACCAUCAUCAUCAUUAUUGUUAAACGUUGUUAAUAAUCAUGGUUGCAGAUUGGUAAUAAUGUACAGUGGGAUGAUUGUGAGAAAGCAAAUUCCAUUUGGUUCAUGUUGCCAAGCUCCUACAAGGUGUCAAGGAGUUUCUUAAAGCAUCUGAAUAGCAAGGGACCUUACUCUUCCAUGACUAACUAAAGAAAGAAUAUCUCAACAUCAGCCUUAGUUUGUUAGUACAGAAUGUGUAUUUCUUUCCGUUUAGACCUUUCUCAUCAAUUGAUAUAAUUUCAAUAUGUUACUUAUAGGGGAGGUUUGCAAGUCAUAUUUCUGGGGACAGAUUUGAAUAUUUUGUUUUUAAGUAAAAGAUACAGAUACUUGUUGAUAAUAUUCAAUAAUGCAGAUUAGGUACAGUAACAUUUUAUGCUUGCAGUAUGAGAGUUUCUCUAAGAUGAUGUUCUAAUUCUUUCAACAGAUGAGUGACUGGGUUCCAAUGGAGGCACUGCAAACCAGAAAAACGUAUUUGUCAAUGAAAGAGGAUAUUAUUUUGUAAAUUUUCUAACACAGUAACUUUUGAUAUAUCCUUAAUUUUUAAUGUUAAUUGUGAACCUCUUUCAGGACAAAUAUACUUACACAGCUGAUAAGAGCAGAUUGCACAGUGUGCUAUGAGAACAGAUACACACUCGCAUCUUGUGUCAGAUAAGAACAGAGAUGACACGAUCACUACAGCUUAACUUUCAUGACUAGCAGAUUACUACCGCUAGUCAUGACGGGUUGCUGAUAGCUUGGCCCUGUGUUAGUGAGUGAUCUAAGCAUCAUGAUAAUUGUAACGCCCUUAGCUUAACAGUAACUUUUGACAUUAGUAAUGCUGGUCACAUUUUGGCAUUGUCAGUUAUUGAAUUUUCCAAAACCGGACACAGCCGUUUGUAGGUUUUUUUCCCAUUAGAAAAAAUGCUAUGUUUUGAUUCCAAAAUUUCCUUAAUUUGUAUCUAUUAAUUGUGCAAUGUAAAAUGUAUUUUGAAAGAAGUAUGAACUAAGUAUCUACCUUUGUGUAUCAGAAUAUUAAGCUGAGAAGAAUGACUUUUGUAAAUUCACUUUAAUGUUGAAUUAAUGCAUUUCAGAUGUCAUUUGCAUAUGCUGCACUGAGGAUCUUUAAUAAAAUGUUGAGAAGCC